AUGGCUCCGGCUUCUCGACUCCGACAUGCUCGGGGGUGGGCGCUGCCUAUCGCCGCCAGCGUGGUUGGUGGAACCAUCUUUACAGCUACCGCCCGCAUAUCCAAGUUAAAACAAAGCUCCAACACUGGGGGACACGAUUAUGACAUUCUUGUAAUUGGCGGAGGAGCCACCGGUGCGGGUGUUGCCCUAGAUGCCGUCACCCGUGGUCUCAAGGUCGCCCUGAUCGAGAGAGAUGACUUUAGCAGCGGCACAAGCAGCAAGAGCACGAAACUUGUGCACGGCGGGGUACGCUAUCUUGAAAAGGCCGUGUGGAACCUCGACUAUGCCCAAUACCAACUCGUUCGGGAAGCCCUCAAGGAGCGUAAAUACUUCCUGCGCACAGCUCCACACUUGAGCAUGUGGCUCCCCAUCAUGCUUCCCAUAGACCGGUGGUGGAAAGCACCGUACUACUGGGCUGGCACAAAAGUGUACGACAUGCUCGCUGGCAGUGAAGGCAUUGAGAGCUCUUACUUUUUGACGAAGAGCAAGGCCCUCGACGCCUUUCCUAUGCUCAAGCGUACCGACCUUUUCGGCGCCCUGGUCUAUUACGACGGCGCUCACAACGACUCGCGUAUGAACGUCUCCCUCGCCAUGACCGCAGCCCUCUACGGCGCGACCGUGGUCAAUCACAUGGAGGUCACUCGGCUUCUCAAAGACGACAACGGCAAGCUCACCGGUGCCACCUUGACUGACCACAUUCCCGCAAGGGAUCGUCGCGAAUCCCCAGAGAUUACCAUCAAAGCCAAGUGUAUUAUCAAUUGCACCGGUCCCUUUGCGACUCUAUUCGGAAGAUGGAUGACCCCACGUUUGCCAACAUUGUGUCGCCGUCCUCCGGGGUCCAUGUGA